GAGAACCAUGUGCCCUCUGGGAAUAUUGGAUCGGGAAAUGGUCCCGCAUCAAAGCCAUCUGUGGUCUUAACACCUACCAAUCGCUCUGCAAUGGCUUCGAAUCCUUCCGACGCUGAAGCUGGAAUUGCGGGUAUUUUUCGACAAUCAUCACACCCUCUCAUUCUCUUCUUUCUUUAUGUCUUUCGGAUACUUGCACUUGCAGUGUAUAUAUUAUGCGAGGUGUUCACCGACAACUAUGUCUUGGCUAGUGUAAUGGUUGUAGUCUUGUUGGCCAUGGACUUCUGGAACUGCAGGAAUGUUGCUGGCCGGACCUUGGUAGGGCUACGAUAUUGGAAUCAAGUGGACGAUGAUGGGGAGAGCUACUGGGUCUUCGAGAGUCGCGACCCAUCUCGCCCUGCCAACCCUAUUGAUGCUCGGAUGUUCUGGGUGGCCAUUUACGCCUUCCCAGUACUCUGGCUAGUACUGCUCUUUGUCGCGUUAAUCAAGUUAGACAGAUUCCUACCCAUUGUCGCGUUGGCGCUCGUGUUUAACGUCACGAAUGCCAUAGGGUUCACCUACGCCGAUCGCGAUGCGAAACAGAGAUGGGCUAAUAACAUGGUUGCAUCAGGCUGGAACAUGGGCUUUGGUGGUAUCGGUGGCAAGCUCCUCGGAAGCGCUGUCAAGAACAGCGUUGGCCGUGUAUUUUCAUCUUAGCAGAAUGUUCCUUCACGAUAAUCUAGAUACCUUCAUACCCUCGCACAACAACCGAGCUCCUGAUUUCUCUGAUUUCAGAUGCAGAAACAUACAAUUUUGUAUGUGUUUUUGGCAUUCUUUGUUUCUACCAGCAAUUCCGCUCUGCGGAGCGGACAGAACAAACAAC